UAUGCUGGUAAAACUGCUAAACGAAUUAUUUAUGAAAAAUAUCGAUUAUCUCACAGCGAAUAACAAACUUCCAAUGUGAGAUUUCUUGAAGAUGAUAACUACGCACAAAAAAAUGUAAACAAGAUUCUGCAAAUGAACUAACAUUUCAGAUCAUGUUCAGAUAAAUCAUGUAUUUUGUCAUGUGUCAUCUCCAUCAGUUUCUGUGUCUGCGUCAACGUCAACGAAGAAUGUAAACAUAAACAAUAAAAAUGGGAACAACGGUUCUAACAAAAAGGAAAAUCAUCAACCAUGGAUCUCUGUAGUACACAAGAGGAACAAACAACAAUCCCUUACUAUUUUUGUAGAAUAUCAGUACUCGUGAGACAAUAAUGUCAAAGGAGGAAUCCAGUCAGGCGUUAGCUUUAACAAGGAAUUGCAAGUCGCCGACUUAUACUACAACCCCUGCGACAAACGAAAUAUCAAGCCGAGAAUCGGCUGAGAAGCCACCUACACCACCUUCUUGCAUACCAGCACCACUUGAUGCUACAGUAUCGCCAUCUCCUAUCAAAGAAGAUUUCGAUUCUUCGAGGAACCCAUCAGCAAAAUCACUUCCUGUCCACUGCAUCGUUGAGGGCAUCUCAACUCUCAAUGACAAGGGUCCUGAACGCGGAGUAUGGAGAAGGAGACCAGUUGUGGAAACAGACAGCUAUGUCAUCAUACCCGUAGGGACACCAUUUCACAAUUUGGUGCAGGUGGCUCUAAUGCGUCUGGGCUACCCCCAAGAUACGAUUUCGGCAGCUAGAGGUUCGGUCAUGAUCAAGAAUUGGAAACCACUAAGUUUCGAUAAGAUCACUGCAGAUCCAAUGGUGACCGUUGGAGAGAUUCUGGGAGAGUUGUCCAAUAUUGCAACAUUGAAAAUUCAGGUGUUCAGAGCCAGACCUGGAUCAACUUCCGAUAUCAAAGACAGAUUGUUGAGAUUCAUGCUGUUGCAGUCCCAUGGUUGUCUACUCAGUUCUGGAUGUCCACUGGAUGAGUUAACCUUGGCCAAGCUAUGUCAGGACCAUACAAUCAGUGGUGGACCAAUACCAGAAGUAUCGGAUGACAUAAAACGAAAGUUCGACCAUUGGUGGCGCAUGCAAUUCAGUUCCCCUUCCCCAGCACCCAGAACCCCUUACAACAAUACGUUCUCCUCCCCUUACUGCACCCCACCAACUACAGUCAAAACAGAGCGCACAAUGCCGGAAACAAGCCAUCCAGCUCUCCAAACAGUACACAACUCCUAUCCGACUCCAAAGGCCAGAAUGCGCACAAGUUUCGAUCCAGAACUGGAGCUGCCAAAACUGCAACGCUGGUUUACCGAAAACCAGCAUCCCAGUCGCCAACAAAUCCAGCAGUAUGUGAAAGAACUGAACAACUUGGAGUCUAGAAGAGGAAGAAAGCCUCUGGACGUCAACAACGUUGUGUACUGGUUCAAGAACGCACGCGCGGCCCAAAAACGUGCGGAAGUUCGUAACAUCAACCCUGGAAUGCCUUGCCACAUUCCCCUGAAUGGUUACAACAACCAUAGUCCUUCAAACGGCGGCUAUCUGAUUUCUGAAAGCUACUUGAAUCCGGACCGUAUGGUGGAACACAGGCUGAAAAACAACCUCACACCAAGACGUAGUGUUUUAGCUUCUCACACUUCUGAUGAGUACUCCAACAAUGGUUCGGAUCUGGAAGAAGAUACAGUUGAAGCUCAACAGCCUCCAAGUCCAACAGCUCCGUUGUCGCUCACCAAGAAGUCAGCUUCCAGAGAGCAGAGUCCGCAGUCUACAGCAUCACCUCCACCACCACCAAACCUUCAAAGUGAACCGUGCAAACAAGAACCGAAGGAGGAGCCUAUAAAUUACCAUUCGCCACCUCCUGAUGUUACAAACAACAACAGGUUGUCUGACAUUGAUGAUGAUGUCGAAAUGGACACCGACGUCAAACGAGCACACAGUGACACGUCUCCAGAGAGCAUGCCUAGUUUCAAACGGAUAUGCACCAGUCCUGAAGAAAAUCCAUUCGUGGGCAGAGUGCCCAAUGAUGGGUUCGAAAGGUUGAGCCUACCGCUAGUCACCAACUCCAUGUUCAACCAACUUUACAUGAGCCAUUACAUUCCUAGUUUGAGCCAUGCAACUGCUUCACCUUCAGCUUCCAACUCCUUGAACCUUUCGGCUGAUGAAAGACGUAAAAGAAAUCGCACCUUCAUCGAUCCAGUUACUGAAGUACCUCGACUGGAGCAAUGGUUCUCUUUGAACACCCACCCAUCCCACAAUCUCAUACUGAAAUACACUGAGGACUUGAACCAGAUGGCUUACAGGCAGAAGUUCCCGCGUUUGGAACCAAAGAACGUGCAGUUUUGGUUCAAGAACAGGAGAGCAAAGUGCAAGAGGAUGAAGAUGACUCUCUUCGACAACCAAGGCCAGUAUCAUGGUGAAAGAGACUAAUUCUUUUUCCUUGUACAUUUUUUCUCAGUGAAAAAUUGAAAUUUACUUAUCUGUAAUUCCUGAUCAUAACCAUCAUUAUAGUCAGUGUUUAUUCUGAAUAAUUUUGAAAAUGAAAGAGUGCAAGUUGAUGUAUAUUAGGAUCAAUGCAUACAUUGACUCGGUAUUAUUCGUUUCAUACUUAAAUACAUUUUUCGAGUCAACAGCACUUAAUUUCCUUUUCUGGUGCAUUCAUUCAGUGUUUCAAUGCAAUAUUUCUUCGGUCAUCCAUAAUUAGAUAGUUUUCGUUGAAAAUAACGAAAACUAAAUUUCUAAUUUUUUAACCAUAAUUAGAAAGUUUUCGUUGAAAAUAACGAAAAAUUAAUUUCUAAUUAUGUGAUGGGGUUGUUUAAUAAAGUUCUUCCUCUUCCUUCCGAUAAAUAGAUGUUGGCGAAUGCAUAUCUAGAUUUGGAGUAGAUUGAGACUCCAUCAUAACCCUUUUCUCUUAUGACUAAUUCGUCGUGAGAUAUAUGGAAUCAUUUAACGAUCAAAAAAAAAUGUUACUUAAAUAUUUUUUGUUUGAUUCGUUUGGAUACAUUUCGUUUUCAUGGAACGAAUCAGAACUUCGAAUAAAUAGAUGAUACGACAAUAAGGACAGCGUGCUCUCUGAAGAUGUGGAAAUUAUGUAAUUUUUUUAAGUGUAAAUAGGUCCACAGCACUUUGGAAACUGUUUAACCUUUCGAAAAUGUUGGGAUACUUAUUAGUGAAUUCAUAAAAAACAGAAUGGGCUUUGCUUUAUUUCAAAUCGUUUCAAACCUAACGAUGAAGGGGAGAUCAAGUAAACUGAAGGAGAAAAUUUUUUUCCAGAAACAUUCUGUUGAAUUCUGACUAAAAUUGAUUAUUGGAUAGUUUGGUUGAAGCGAUGUUUUCUAAUUCGUUUCUCAAUUUUUUUUUCCAAAUAUAUUGACCGUGAAACUGUGAUAUAUGUUUCACAACAAAAAUGUUCUGCCUGAAAUGUUUAAAUCUCAUUUGAUUUGAUGUUGAGCUAACCAAAGAUUGUUGAGAAUUUUAAUUCAUAGAUUUUAUUUUUUGUUGAAUCUAUCUGUAUCAUAAGCUGUUUUUAAAUGUAUUGUUCUUAACGAUAGUAUUGUACCGUGUAUAUGUGAACAUUUUGGUGUUUAAGCUCUAUGUUAUUAUUAUAUGUAGCGCAGCUGAAUUGCAUAAACAUAUUGUCUUAAUAUAUUUCCUAUUUAUAAAAAUGUAUUUAUGUAAAUAAACUCUUUGAAUAAGAA